GGCUCAGCCAUGACCUCCGCAUCUCAGCGCACGGUGCUGAUCACCGGCUGCUCCUCAGGCAUUGGGCUGCGCAUAGCUGUGCAGCUGGCCCAGGAUCCGGGCAGGCGCUAUCACGUCAUCGCCACCAUGCGCGACCUGCGCAAGAAGGGCAAGUUGGAGGAAGCUGCGGGGGACACGCUCAAUAAGACCCUGACCAUCCAGCGCCUGGACGUCUGCAGUGAUGAGUCCGUGGCUGAGUGCAUGAGCAACCUUCCUGAGAAGCAGCUGGAUGUUCUGGUGAAUAACGCCGGCGUGGGGCUCGUCGGCCCUAUAGAGUCCACCUCCAUCGAUGACAUGAAGCGCAUCUUCGAGACCAACUUCUUUGGUGCCAUUCGCAUGGUCAAAGCUGUCCUCCCGGAGAUGAAGAGGCGUCAGAGCGGGCACAUCGUCGUGAUCAGCAGCACCAUGGGACUGCAAGGUAUUCCCUUCAAUGACGUCUACGCGGCCUCCAAGUUUGCCAUUGAAGGAUUCUGCGAGAGUCUAGCAAUACAGCUCCUCAAAUUCAAUAUCUUUAUCUCUCUGGUAGAGCCCGGGCCCGUGAACACGGAAUUUGAGAUGAAGCUGAUCGAGGAGGUGGCCCGCUCUGAAUUCCCAGGAGCUGACCCUGACACAGUGCGAUACUUCAAGGAGAUCUAUCUACCUGCCUCGCACGAGAUAUUCGCCACCAUGGGCCAAACCCCCGAGACUGUGGCCAAGGCUGUCGUGACGGUGAUCGGCAAGGAGCGCCCACCGUUCCGAACGCAGACCAACACCCUCUACACGCCCUUGGUGGCCCUGAAGUACGCCGACACCUCGGGGGAUCUCUCCGUUGGCACCUAUUACAACCUGCUCUUCCGUUUCCCGGCCCUUUUCCGCUUCAUGACCUCCUUCCUCAGAUGCAUCACGUGCAGCUGGUUCCGGGGCAGGGUCACACCUUCGUGA